AUGUUAAUCAAAACGUUCGGACUUAUUUUAUUUUUCUCAUCGUCUCAAUUCGAAAAACUUUUUAGGCCAAACUUGCCAAUGGGUGAAUAUCACCUGAAGUUUGAUAAAGUAUAUCCGUGUGAAACAACAAAAGACCAUCCAAUUAAAUUGAAUUGGUAUUUUAGUAAAAAGACAUCAAGUAUAACGGAGUUAAAAGGCAAUACAACACUUUUGAUACCUUUCGAUGAUACGCUUACGCUUGAUGCUAACCUUGCAUCUUGGGGCUCAACUGGCGGAUGGGUGCCAAAUACAUAUAUUCUCAAUACAAAAAAGGCAUGCAGUACUCUGAAACGUCUCAUUGGAAAUGCAUGGAUUAUCUUUUUAGAGGGUUUCAACAUUCCAACUAAUAAAUGUUCAUGGCCAGUGGGCACAUAUAUUACGUCAGGGAUCGAUAAGAAGAAACUUGAAGAUAUGAACUUUCCCAAAAUAUAUUUUUAUGGAAAAUAUAAAGUUGUUGUUCGCAUUAAAAAUUUGAAAAAUGAAGUAGUUGGCUGCACUGUUAUUGAGGUUAAUUAUAUGCGACCUUGGGAAACACCAAUUUGAUUACACUAUAUGAAAUAAUAAUAUAAUAUGUUAUUAAUUUGUUAUUAAGACAAUGUAAUAAAUAUUUUUAACAGUCCUCACAUUAACUGCUUUAAUUCGCAUUCUAAUUAGGUUGAGGGCAAUACCCUUUUGGCCCAUAAAUUGCACAUUUGACUAUUUAACAACUUAUGACAAAUUCUAUAUAUAAUAUACGUGAUAUAUGAUGAUAAUUAUUGUAGAUGA